AGGAUAACCCCAGAAGUAUCGCUUAUACACAGUGAAUAUCUCGAUAUUAACAUUUUAAACAAAUUAAACAGAAUCGGAGCAUACAAAACUCGCUUUAAAAAGUUUAUCUAGUUUAAAUAAGUGUUAUUUUAUUGUUUACAACUUAUGAUUUGGUUUCAUAAUCACAGAAAAGUUGUAAAAUUUGUUAAUGAAAAGCAGAGUAUCUGGAAUAAAAAUAAAAGAAUAUGGACACAAACCAGCUAUAAAAGUGGAAGCACUUUGCGCGCAUCUAUCAGUGUGAUUUUUAAAGUGAAAAAGAGUGAGAACAAACAAAAUUCCAGUACAUCUUGCUUAAUCAAGCUUAAUAAUAAAAUUUAAAAAACAUUAAUUGAUACAAUAUUAAAUAUAAAUCUGGUUCAAAGAAGUUUAUGAUAAUGUAAAAGUGAAAUUAAUGUACAGAAAAGGAAGCUCUCAAUUUCGCGUGUGAAUUAAUAGAAUCUAAUGAGUAAAUGGUCAGCAAGUGUGUAAAUAAUGAUCAAAGAUAAAAAAGAAAAGCAAUCUUCAGGGGGAUCGUCUGGAUCCUCAAACUCCGGUGGAAAUAAUUCAAAAAGCAACAAUAACAAUGCAAAUAAUAAUAAUAGUAAUGCAUCAAGUGCAAACUCUGUAAAUUCAUCAUCAACGUCGUCACCGAGCUCAUCGAAAGCAUCAAAUUCGAGCAAGAACAGUAACAGUUCAAGUAGCUCCAACAAUAAUAGUUCAAAUAAGAAUAUACUUGGAAUAAAAGAAGAGAUUAUUGAGCAAAAUUCAACGGAACAAUUAAUAGUCACGUCUAUUAAACAUGAAGACGGAUCACCACCGACAAAUAUAAUCAAGAAAGAAUCAACAGCAGCUUCAUCAUCGACAAACUCUGGUGCUUCUACAUCCAGUAAUGUGAAUAGCAAUGAUAGCAAUAAUAAUAACGAUACGAAUGAUAACAAGAACAGUAAUUCCUCAAGUAAUCCUCUAAUGUCGGAUGAUAAAGAUCCAACACAUGAUAUACUUAAUAAUGACGACCUGCACGCAUCAGGUAGUGGAAAUAAUUCAUCAAAUAAACUUGGAAUGCAUAUCAAAAAUGAAGAUCCUGCAACAGAUCCCUUAGGUGGCGUGGAUGGAAAUAAUUUAACAAAUAGCAAUUUUGGAAACAUAAAUAAUCCAUCAGGACCUAAUCGUCCAGCAACAUCACAAAAUUCGCCAGAAAGAAUUCAACCAUUACCAUCGAAUGUUGUUAACAAACAAUCAAACAGCAUGGAUUAUAUGCAACAGCAAAGUCAAAUCUUUGUCUUCUCAACAGCACUUGCGAAUAAAGGUGCUGAAGCUGUCCGAAGUGGACAAUUUCAAACGAUUAUUGCUUAUCAUUGUGCACAACCGGAAACGAAAAAGUUUUUACAGAAAUUUCCAUUAAAAGUAAAUCAAUUUAAUCGAAGUGGUUGGUUUCCCAACAUGCAAGCAAAUGUCAAUAGUAACAAGAAGUCACGAAUGAUGCCGUUAAAUCAACAAAAUUUUAAUUUCAUGAAGAACAAUCCGAUGAACGCUCAACAAUCUGGAAGUGGUCCAAUUAAUAAUCAAAUGGGAAUGCAAGGAGGCUUUCCUCCAAGUUGUGAUAUGAAUAAUCCCGAUGGAAAUAUGAUGUGGGGUCAAGGUAAUCAACAUCAAAUGAAUAUGGAUCCAUUAGGGAAUAAUGGACCGUCAUUAGAUCCACUACUUAACGAUCCCAGUAUUGAGAGUCUUGUAAAUGACCCACUCGGCCCAAAUUCUCAAUCAAAUCAAAUUAAUAACUCACAUCAAAGUCCAAUGGGAGGUAACAUUUGCAUGGAUCCAACGAGUCCAAACAUACCGUCAUUGCAAGGUGUUAAAGUUCCCGAUGAAGAUCUUACGCCACAACAACGACAUCAACGUGCACUUAAACUUGCACAACUUCAAGAGCUCAAACAAAUGUUUAAGCAAGAGCCACCCAACGAAUGUCAAAUUAAUGAACAAGAUCAACAAGGCGGACCCGGACCAUGCUCGAAAAUUGGACCAAUGGGACCGAACUCGAUGAAUCCAAUGAUGCAGCAAGGCGGAAAUCAUCCUCAUGGUCCGAUGAAUCCAAUGAAUGGACCAAUGCGUCCCAACUUCCCUCAAAUGGGAAUGGGACCUCGAGGUCAAAUGUGUCGUCCCAUGGGUCCAGGACCAGGACCUGUCGGAAUCAAUCCAAACUCAUUAAACGACGAAAUGAUGUCGAGUAUGGGUGGUGGUGUAAUGGGAAGCGGACCAGGAGGGCCAAUGAAUUCUGGCAACAUGCAAAUGGGUGGUCCUGGUGGAGCGAUGAUGGGCAACAUGAAUCUUCCACCACACAUGCAAGGAAAUAACAUGGGAAUGAAUAACAUGGGACAGGGAAAUUGUAACAUGAACAACAUGAAUAAUAUUUGUAGUGGUGGACCAGGAAACAUGGGAAUGAUGGGACAGAAGGGAAUGCCACCGAAUAUGAUGGGCGGCCCACAAGGUCCAGGAAACAUGCAAGCACACAUGGAGUGGAAUAAAUUGCAACAACAGUAUUACGAUGAAGGUAAACGAAAAGGACCACCGCAAAUGUGUGGACCUAUGGAUAUGAAUGAUCCUUCAAUGGGGCCAGUUAUGGGUCCAAUGGGACGACAAAUGCCUCCCGGUGCAAUGAGAAAUAUGUCUAAUAUGCGAGGUCCAGGGCCUGGUCCAGGACAAGGCCCACCACCGCCGUACCAUCAAACACCACGUUCAGCAUCUGUGCCUAUUGCAACACAAAGUCCUAAUCCCAACAGUCCCAAUAAUCCAACAUCUAAUCUUUCAUUACCAUCACCAAGAGGUGGUUGCAAUUCAACGCUCAAUUCACCAGCUGCUGGUGAUCCGACACGUUCUUUAAAUUCACAACAUAUAAACAUGAAACAUAUGAAUCCGCGUCAAAGUCCAACGAUUUCAUCACAAGACUCACCUGCUGGAGCUUUGGGACGUCAAAUAAAUCAUAGUAAUCCCAGUACACCAAUUUCAUCGCAUUUAUCGCCAAGUGCAAGUCUCAAGGAUCUCGAAAUGAACAGCAAUCCUAACAAAGAACCUAACUUAAUGCCCGUGCCAUCACCUCAACAAAUCUCCUAUCUGAACACUUUUGAAAGUCAAGAGCUCACGAUACAAAAACAACCGAAUACAAACAUCAAAGAUGGAUCAAAUAUUGGUGGACCAAAUCAAGGAAAUUUAAAUCUCGAUAAUCGACUUCCUGGUCAAAAGACGCCAACAUCAUCAUCAAAUCCUCACAUGAAUAGUUUUCCCAUUCCAUCAAGUCCCCACACGCCAGGUGGAUCAUCGUUGUCAAUAGGCGACAAAAAUCGAAUACAUCCAGCUGGACCAAGUCCACAAAAUAAUCUUCAACGUUCCAACUCUAUGAUGGGCAACGACUUAUCCCAGUUUCCACCUCACCAACAUCCAAAUAAUCAGCAGCAAUCGAAUGAAAGCAAUAUGCAAUUUCCAUCAGAUACACCAAACAUGCCUUUUGGACCGAAUUCCCAACAACAUCAACAGCAACAACAACAGCAGAAUAAAAUGGGAAAUUUUAUGGAUCAGAAAUCUGGCGAUAUGGGAAAUAAUGUUCCACCUCAAUUUGCACCAUGUAGUGGACGACCCGAUUUGCCAUUGAAUCCAAACAGUAACGCAACUAUGACUAACACAAAACCAUCACAUUUUGAUCCAAUUUCAUCAUUAGCACAAAUGUCACAACAACUAACGACAUCAGGCGUACCAGGAUCAAUGAACGGUCAACCGAUGAUGGGUGGAUUCAAUAACAAUGGAAUGAUGAAUGAUAUGGGACCGAUGGUGAUGGGACCAGAAGGUCAAAUGGGAGGUGGUCCUGGUGGACAAAUGGACUUUCCUGGAAUGGGACCUGGUAUGGGCCCAAACCAAUUUGGCGGUCCAAGAUCGAUGUCGCCGAAAAUUGGAGGCCCACAAAUGGGAUUUCCUGGUGUUCCAGGAGGUCCUAUGCCACCUAACAUGAGAAUGGGUCGUCCAAUGGGUUACAACGGUACAAAUAUUCAAGUGAAGCCCAAUGCACCGAAUACCAUACAAUACUUGCCUGCCCGUCCACAAAUGAAUAAUGCAAAUCCACCUCGUGGUCCACCGAGUCUAGAUUUUCUUCAAAGAUUCACAAAUCCUAUGGGCAUGGAUGAGAUGAACAAGGUGGGAGGUGGUCCUGGUGGAAAUCAACAAAAUAUGCCAUACUUUCCUAAUCAAAAUAAUCCCGGUGCAUGUGGAAUGGGACCAGGAAUGGAUCCAGCUGAAGGUGGUGGAAAUCAAAUGGGACCUGGCAAUGGUCCGCCUGUUGGAAUGAUGAAUCAGAAUCCCAUGAUGAUGAGAGGUAUGAGAGGGAACGCUGGUGGAAAUAUGAUGAGAUUUCCUGGGCCAUCAGGGCCUGGAGUUGGAAAUCCGUGUAUGAUGGGAAAUAAUUCAUUCGUAAAUAGUUCAAACAAUCCGAAUAUGGGCGGUGAUCAUCAAAUGAUGUUUGGCGGUCCAGGUGGUCCACAGCAAAAUCCGCAAAUGUUUGUCGCUGGUCCUAAAGGUAGUCCAAUGGGUGGUCCACCGAAUGCUGAACAAAUGCAAAUGAUGGGUGGUCCCGGUGGUGGACCGCCAGUACAUUUUAAGCAGCAACAGCAGCAGCAACAACAACAACAGCAGCAAUCUCACUUUCCCAGCACUGCCGAUCCGAACUACGCCCAACAGUAUCAUAAUUUCCAGCAACAGCUAUACGCCACUAACAACAACAAUCAAAGAAAUCAAAUGGGCAUGAGUGGAAAUCAAGCGUUUAUGCCGAAAUAG